GUCAACUUUUGCACCAGAUUUUUAUUUAUUAGAGGAAAUUUUCGCUUUCUUCUUUUCCACACCACUAACACCAUGUCUGUCGGUACCGUUUACGGAAACACACUCUCUUUUCGCGUAACUGCUGUUUUAUCUGCUGCCGCCGUUGCCGGUGUCAAGGUUGAUAGCAAGGAAUUUGGCUUUGACGCUUUCCCAGCUGAUCUUGCUGCCAAGUUCCCUGCAAAGAAAGUUCCCGUCUUCGUUGGUCAAGAUGGUUUUGAGCUUUCUCAAUCCAUGGCUAUCGCUCUUUAUUUUGCCUCUUUCGACAAGACUGGUGUUCUCCUUGGCCAAACUCCUGAAGAAAAGGCCAAGAUCUUCCAAUACGUCUCCUACUUCAGCUCUGAGUUUGCCAGUGCUGGUCUUCCCUGGGCCUUAGGUCGCUUGAUUGGUCCUUACAAUGCCAAUGUUGAGAAGCAAAGCCAAGCUGCCGUUGCUACUGAAUUAACUCGUUUGAACCAAUUGCUUGCUGACAAGACCUACCUCGUUGGCUCUCGUCUUACUUUGGCUGAUGUCUUUGCCGUCAACUCUUUGAUGUCCGUCAUUCGUUAUGUUUUGGUCAAGAGUGAAUUGGCCAAAUAUGCUAAUGUCCAACGCUACUACACUACCAUGUACCACCAAUGCGGUUUGGACAGCAUCGUCGGUGCUCUCGAGUUUGUUGAGAAGAUGCCUGAAAUCCCUAAGCCUAAGGCUAAGGAGGCCCCAAAGAAGGAGCAAAAGCCUGCUGAGCCCGCUGCCGCCCCUGCUCCUGCUGCCAAGCCUCCCAAGCACCCUCUUGCUGCCCUUCCCAAUGGUAACCUGAACAUUGAGGAGUUCAAGCGUGUCUAUACCAACCAAGACACUCGUACUGGAUCCCUUCCUUGGUUCUUUGACCACUAUGAUCCCGAGAAUUACUCUCUUUGGAAGGUUGACUAUGCCUACCCUGAAGAUUUAAAACAACCCAUCUUUAUGAGUUGCAACUUGAUUGGCGGUUUCUUCCAAAGACUUGAAGCUUCUCGUAAGUACAUCUUUGGUUGCUGCUUGGUUAUUGGUGAGAACGGUGACAACACUAUCACUGGUGCUUUCGUUAUCAAGGGUCAGGAUCAUGUUCCUGCCUUUGAAGUUGCUCCUGACUGGGAAUCUUAUAGCUUCACCAAGCUCGACAUUUCUAAGCCCGAAGACAAGACUUUCCUCGAAGACGCUUGGGCUUGGGACAAGCCUAUGUUCGGACGUGAAGUCGCCGAUGGCAAGAUGUGCAAGUAAAGUGAUUAGUUUCGAUUUGAACAUCUAGUUUCGAUUGUAUUUUAGGAUAAGGUUUGUUUUGAUUUGGCAAAGAUGGAAAGAUGGUCAUUUUGCAUUUCCGCGUGAAAUUCCUACCGAUGGUAUUGUGUGGUGGUAUUGUACAUGAGGGAGAAGCUUUCCUGGUGUGCGACUCAAAAGUUUUGUUUCUACAACAUUUACUUUGCAGGAAACGAAAUGCGCAAGGAAGAUGGAUGAGUAGAAAUGUAAUAUGAAAGUCAUGUUCCAGAAAUGAAAU